AUGUCUAUGUACGAUUCUGAUUCCUCCUCCUCCUCUUACGGUGGCGCCGAUUACCAGAAUUUAAAGCAAAUUACCCGCGACCGAUUAUUACGUGAAAUGAUCCGGUCAACAAAAGCAGGGGAUUCCAAAUCAACUUGGAAGGUACUCAUAAUGGAUAAACUUACUGUGAAGAUAAUGUCUCACUCAUGCAAAAUGGCUGAUAUCACCGACGAAGGUGUUUCAUUGGUCGAAGACAUAUACAAACGGAGGCAACCAUUACCAACAAUGGAUGCUAUAUAUUUCAUUCAGCCAUCAAGAGAGAACAUAAUCAUGUUUUUGUCAGACAUGGCUGGAAAGGCUCCCUUAUACAGGAAGGCAUUUGUUUUCUUUAGCUCAUCUAUUUCUAGAGAAUUAGUUGUGGAGAUAAAGAAAGAUCCAAGGGUGUUGUCUCGAUUAGGUGCAUUGAGAGAGAUGAAUUUGGAGUAUUUUGCCAUAGAUAGUCAGGGUUUCAUCACAAAUAAUGAGAGAGCAUUAGAGGAGCUAUUUGGGGAUGAAGAGAAUAGUCGUAAAAGUGUUGCAUGUUUGAAUGCGAUGGCAACACGAAUUGCUACAGUAUUUGCUUCAUUGAGAGAAUUUCCUUCUGUUCGCUUUCGUGCUGCCAAGUCCCUAGACGCAACCACAGUGACUACUCUCCGUGAUCUUAUUCCUACAAAGCUUGCUGCUGGAGUCUGGGACUGUCUUAUGAAAUAUAAAAAAACUAUACCUAAUUUUCCUCAGACUGAGACCUGCGAGUUGCUCAUUAUUGACAGAUCAAUUGAUCAGAUUGCUCCAGUAAUUCAUGAGUGGACAUAUGAUGCCAUGUGUCAUGAUUUACUGAAUAUGGAGGGAAAUAAAUAUGUUCACGAAGUUCCUGGCAAGUCCGGAGGUCUACCCGAGAAAAAAGAAGUUCUUUUGGAGGAUCAUGAUCCUAUAUGGCUCGAGCUUCGCCAUGCACAUAUUGCUGAUGCUAGUGAACGGCUGCAUGAGAAGAUGACUGGCUUCAUUUCAAAAAACAAAGCUGCACAAAUUCAACAUGGUUCAAGAAGUAGCGGUGAUAUGUCAACAAGGGACUUACAGAAGAUGGUUCAAGCACUUCCACAAUACAGUGAACAAAUGGACAAACUCUCCCUCCAUGUAGAGCUUGCAGGAAACAUUAACAGAAUCAUCAGGGAGUCAGGGCUGCGGGAUCUGGGCCAGCUGGAGCAAGAUCUUGUUUUUGGAGAUGCAACAAUGAAAGAUGUGAUCAAAUUUUUGACUACGAAAGAAGAUACAACCCGUGAAAAUAAAUUGCGCUUGUUAAUGAUUCUUGCAGCUGUUUAUCCUGAGAAAUUCGACGGAGAAAAGGGUCUGAAUUUGAUGAAGAUAGCACGUUUAACAGAUGAGGAUAUGAAUGUUGUGAAUAAUUUGAGAAUGCUUGGGGUUCAACCGGAUACCAAAAAACGUUCGACGGGUGCUUUUGGCCUUAAGUUUGAAAUCCAUAAGAAGAAGCGUGCUGCAAGGAAAGAACGUCCAGGGGAAGAAGAGAAAUGGCAGUUAUCACGGUUUUAUCCCAUAAUAGAGGAACUCAUUGAAAAACUCACGAGAAAUCAACUGUCUAAGGAAGAUUAUCCAUGUUUGAAUGAUCCAAGUGCAACUUUCCAUGGCUCAUCUUUUUCUGGGACCGUACAUCAAAAUCCUCAUUCAAUGAGAUCAAGACGCACACCAACUUGGGCACGACCACGAGGUUCUGAUGAUGGGUACUCAAGUGAUUCGGUGCUUAGACAUUCUUCUAGUGAUUCAAGGAAGAUAGGGAGUCAAAUAUUUGUAUUUAUUAUCGGUGGUGCAACCCGAUCAGAGCUAAGGGUUUGCCACAAACUUACUAGAAAGCUGAAUAGGGAAAUUAUUCUAGGUUCAACAAGUCUUGAUGAUCCUGCACAAUUUAUCUCGAAAUUGAAGAUGCUAACAACACACGAACUUACGCUAGAUGAUAUCCAGAUAUGA